CACGCAUCCUAAGCCCUAACCUACACAUAAUACACGUGUUGUGACCAGAAGUUGUCAUUAUUUUCACUAAAAAAUUAAAUUAUUUAAUUUUAAUUUGAAAGAUAAUCUAUUCCUUAAGUACUGUUGUCUAAAAAUUAGACAGUUUAUUGCUUAUAAAAGUAUCUUAAAUUAAAAAAAAGUUAUUUGCAGGCAGUGAAAAAUGAUUCGCUAUAAUCGUGAUGUUGAUGACGACGACGAUAGAGAUAUGGACGAUAUUGAAAUGUCUGAUGAUAGUUCAUCAGAGAAAGUUGCAUUCAACAGAAAACCAACUGAAACAGUAACAGAGGUACUCGCUUUCGGAAGCGAUGAUAAUGACGACGACGACGAUGACGAUGUUGACGAAAAUCAACAAGAAUCAAUGGAUUAUGAUGAGGACAUUCCAAAUUCUCGAGCCUGGGGUAAAAAGAAGAAAGCUUAUUAUUUUUCGGAAUAUAUCGACACCGACUAUGCAACACUAACCGAAAAAGAUGAGAAGCAAGCAAAAAUUGAGGAAGAAGAGGCGAAAAUUAUUCAGAAACGAAUAGCCAAAGAAUUAGACGAUGUUGAUUUUUCUCUAACUCCAAUUGCCGAAGAGAAAACUGAAUCUAAACAGGAUACAACGAACGUUAUUAAAACAGACAUUAGCAAAUUGAGUAAACGACAAAAAUUGGAACUAUUGGAGAAGGAAAGUCCUGAAUUUUUAGUAUUACUCCAAGAUAUUAAAGAUCAAUUGACGGAAAUAAAGUCCACCUUAACUCCUUAUUUGAAAAUGAUGAAAACAGAUAAUUAUUCAGAUAAUGCAGUCUUUCAGUUUAUGCAGAAAAAGUAUCAAACAGCUUUACACUAUUCUAUUAACAUCAUGUUUUACUUAACAUUAAAGUCGAAACGAUUAUUUUUCAAUUCUCAUCCAGUGAUCAAAAGAUUAGCACAAUAUCGACAAUUAUUAAAUCAAAUGAAUUCGAUUCAAGAGCAAGUUUUGGAAAAUUCAGAAAAAUUGUUGGAACGAUCUAAAAAUGAAAAAUCUAAAACCUUUGAAACUGAAGAUAAAUUUGUGACAUUGAAUGACAAUUUGAAUGAUGACUUGUCGGAGAAAGAGAAAAGCGAUACGGAAAUUGCAGAAGCAGUUACAGAAAAUAAUUUUGAAAAUAAUAACGAAAGGAGAAUGAUAACUUACCAAAUUGCGAAAAAUAAAGGUCUUACUCCACAUCGUAGUAAAGAACAGCGUAAUCCAAGAGUGAAGCACAGAAAUAAAUAUCGAAAAGCUAUGAUUCGUAGAAAAGGAGCCGUUCGAGAAGUUAGAAGAGAACUUAAACGAUAUGGAGGCGAAAUGUCCGGCAUCAAAACUGGUGUUAAAAAGAGUGUGUCAUUAAAGUGAAUGCUGAUUUAAGAAAAUUACAAAAUUGAAUUUGUGAAUAACUUUCAACAGGCACAACAUGCAGUUUAAUUUAGUUUUAACUAAAAUUCUUCUCACACUCUUAAUUCUAACUAUAUUCUAAUAUUAAUUUAAUUUCUAAAUUUUGCUUUCAAUGUUUAUUAUAUUUUGAUUCUUCAAUCGGAUGUAUAAAAAAAGAACAUUAAAAUUUAAUUGUAAUCGUGUAUAUAAAAAAUAGCAGUUUCUUAUAUUGUAAUAUUAAAAAUACUGUUGACAAAAAA